AACAUAAACGACGUACGUCCUAUGCCAACUGAGACACCAACACCCAACACCCGUUUUUUUCUCUCUUAACGAAAAAACCGAAUUUUCUACGCGCGUUUUUUAGCUUUUUUGGGUCUUCCCUUUCUCCUGUUUGGUUACCAAGAAAAAAUGCAAGAAAAUAAAGACCCCACCAUCAAGCUCUUUGGCAAGAAGAUCCCCUUGACUGCUGAAAUUGAUGAGGUGUUGUUGCUGAGUGAUUUGGAGAAGGAAAAGUGUGGCAGAGUUGAAGUAGAAGAAGAAGAAGAAGAAGAAGAAGAAGAGGAAGAUGAUGAUGAUGAAGAACUAGAAGAAGAUGAUAAAGCAGAAAAGGAUCCACCAACAGCAGAAGGCACUGAGACUAGAGAACAAGACGAUGAUUCUCCUUCAAAUGCAGAAGAGCCAACCGAUUUGGAAGGAUUGCCGGAUGCAAAUGUGAAUCCUAAAACACCCUCUAUAGAGGAAGAACAUGGAAAAUCAAAAAUCGCCAAGACCGAGAAAGAUCAGAGUGAAACAGCCAACUCACAAGAGAAAACCCUGAAGAAGCCGGAUAAAAUUCUUCCCUGCCCUCGCUGCAAUAGCAUGGACACAAAAUUCUGUUAUUAUAACAAUUACAAUGUUAAUCAGCCACGCCAUUUCUGCAAAGCUUGUCAAAGAUACUGGACUGCAGGUGGUACCAUGAGGAAUGUGCCAGUGGGAGCUGGACGCCGCAAGAACAAGAACUCUACCUCACAUUAUCGCCAAAUCACCAUCUCGGAGGCUCUCCAAGCAGCUAGAGUUGAUGCUCCAAAUGGAACUCACCAGCCCUCAUAUAAAAGCAAUGGUAGAGUCCUCAGCUUUGGCAUAGAUGCACCCAUUUGUGAUUCCAUGGCUUCUGUCUUAAAUCUUGCAGACAAUAAGGUUUUGAAUGGUACCCGGAAUGGGCUAAAUAGUUUUGAAGAACAAAGAAUUCCAGUUCCUGGCAAACGUGGAGAAAACGGUGAUGAUAGCACAAGCGGAUCGACUAUUACAGUUUCAAAUUCAAUGGAGGAAGGAGGAAAACAUUUCCCUCGAGAACCAUUUGCCCAAAGCAUUAAUGGCUUCCCUCAUCAAAUUCCAUGCCUUCCUGGUGUUCCAUGGCCUUAUCCAUGGAAUUCUGCAGUAUCCCCACCAGCUUUCUGCCCUCCAGGAUUUCCUAUGUCCUUCUAUCCGGCUGCUUAUUGGAACUGUGGUGUCCCAGGCACUUGGAGCAUUCCUUGGCUGUCCCCUCAAUCUCCUUCAAACCAAAAGUCUCCAAGCUCCAAUCCAAAUUCUCCAACACUAGGGAAGCACUCAAGAGAAGGAGACAUGCUUAAACCAGACAAUUUGGAGAAAGAGGAGUCGCCAAAACAGAAAAACGGCUGUGUUUUGGUACCAAAAACGUUGAGGAUUGAUGACCCAAGUGAAGCUGCAAAGAGUUCUAUAUGGACAACACUUGGAAUCAAGAAUGAAUCAAUCAGUAAGGGAGGAAUGUUUAAGGCCUUUCAAUCAAAAGUUGAGGAGAAGAAUCACAUAUCCGAACAUUCUCCGGCGUUGCUGGCAAACCCUGCAGCUUUGUCUAGAUCCCUCAACUUUCACGAGAGCUCAUGAAGCAGUAGCUUAUGAUGUAAUUUUCGUUUAGGUUGGAAGCGUGAGACUAAAUUCAACAUAGUUUGGAGUGAGUUUGAAACACUAACAGCCAAUCCAGCAUAAGCCAUUUUGGUUCAUCAGCCUCAUUGCAAACAAAAUUGGUGAAGCUAAUCAGUUUCGGACCAAGAACAUUGAGACUUUUUCUCACAAUGGUAGCUAAUUAAUCUAGAAGUUCUAGUAGGUAGUGGGAGCUAAUUUUGUUUUCUUGUAGCUAUAUGAGCUUGUACCUGUUGAUGUACUUAGUUUGUUGAGUUCAUGUUCAUGUACAUAUUUAUAUAUAUGUGAGAUAAUGGGAUAGAGUUGGAGAAAGAUCA